GUCUGAUACUGAUGUUAUUACUGCAGUGUUUGGGAGCUUUCAAGUUUGUGUUAAUGGAGGAAUGAACAGGAAAGACAUCGCUUUGCAUAGAUCUGUAAAUCUUUUAUUUACCAGCCUGAGAUGGAUGCCAGUCCCCCAUCCCUGGUCCCACAGCCCCCACCUGUGCCCCUCCCCCUCCCCCUCCCCCUCCCCCUCAGCCGGGCAGGUCCCAGUUGAAUGUGGGUAGUGCCUUCGUAGCUUCUACUGCCAUGCGGGAGGAGAAAAUGAAAAGUGAAACAUCUGCAUCUGGCGACUUCUUCUCCCGAUCCUCCGAUGGCAUCUCUUCGGUUGGCGGGACAUCGUCUGAAGAAGCCGAAAAAGCAGAGCAAGAAAUAAACUUCAAAGAACAGGAAGAGAGGGCUAAGGCUGGAGACUCAAAGGCCCAGGCUGUGGUUGGCAAGUAUUACUUGCAGUUAGCAGAGCAGCAGGAUGAGGAGUUGAACAAUUGCAAUGCAGUGAGCUGGCUGCUUCCAGCAGCAAAGCAAGGCCGGGGAGAGGCUGUUCAGCUGUUACGAGCAUGCUUGGCUGAAAGAAAAGGCAUCACCACAGAGAAUGAAGAGGAAGUAAAGAAGCUGUGUUCAGAGUCUGAGUUUGAACGCACUGUGAGGAAAGCGGCGCUGGUCAUGUACUGGAGGUUGAACCCUGAGAGGAAAAAGAAGGUAGCAGUGUCUGAAAUGCUGGAAAAUGUUGAGCAAGUCAAUGCUGAUGAUGGUGUUGGAGCAGCUAAACCAGAGCCUGUACCGUCAUCUCUCCAGAAGCAGAGAAGAGUCCUGGAGCGGCUUGUUAGUAGUGAAUCCAGCAAGUAUGUUGCUCUAGAGGAUUUUGUCGAUAUUACUAAAAAAUAUGCAAUGGGCAUUAUCCCACCAAACCUGUUCACAAGCAGCAAUGACAAAGACGACGAACUUGCAGGGAAGAAUCCUGAAGACCUGCCCCUAAGGCAGAAGAUUGUGAAAUAUCCACUUCAUGCCAUAAUGGAGGUGAAAGAGCAUCUUAUUGACAUAGCUUCCAAGGCUGGCAUGCACUGGCUGAGUACCAUCAUCCCCACCCAUCACAUCAACGCUCUCAUUUUCUUUUUCAUCGUCAGCAAUUUAACCAUUGACUUUUUUGCCUUUGUUAUCCCUCUGGUCAUCUUCUACCUGUCCUUCAUUUCCAUGCUAAUCUGCACUCUGAAGGUCUUCCAGAACAGCAAGGCCUGGGAUAACUUCAGAACGCUGACCGACUUGCUGACCCGCUUCGAACCCAACCUCGACGUUGAGCAGGCUGAGACCAACUUCGGCUGGAACCAUUUGGAACCGUACUUAUAUUUCAUGCUUUCAGUCGUCUUUGUGAUAUUUUCUUUCCCCAUUGCCAACAAAGAAUGGAUCCCCUGCUCAGAGCUUGCCACCAUUGCCGUCUUCUUCACACUUGCAAGUUAUAUGAGUCUGAGCUCUUUCGUGGAAACCUACACGAGAAGAGCUCUGCUGAUAGAAGUGGCCUCCUCUGUGUGUGCCAUGAGCAGAAACCUUCCAGAAAGCUGGGCUUUCCUCCAGUUCUUUGGAAAAACCUUUGUGUCCAUUCCUUUAGGCAAUUUCAUUGUUCUAAAACUGAGCAUCCCAUGCUUGCUUUACAUGUACCUCUUCUACCUGUUCUUCAGAAUGGCCCAGCCAAGGCAGUUUAAAGGCAUCUAUUGUUUCCUGGUUCCCUAUAUGGUGUGCUUCAUGUGGUGUGAGUUUUCUGUGGUGCUGCUGCAGAAUUCCACCGGCAUUGGCCUCAUCCGCGCCUCCAUUGGGUAUUUCCUUUUCUUGUUUGCGCUGCCGAUCCUGAUUCUGGGGUUUGCCGUCAUGUUUGUUAUCCAGUUUAUUAAAUGGUUUACCUCCCUGGAGUUUAUCAAGAUAGUUGUGACCUUGGCUCUGUGUGCCAUUCCCAUUUUUUUCCACCUGUGGACAAAGGCCAGAAUUUCCGUGGUAGACGUGGUCAAAUCCCUGACCAGAAGUUCCAUCGUUAAACUUAUUCUGGUGUGGGUCUCUGCUGUCAUGUUGUUCUGUUGGAUCUACGUGUAUAGGUCUGAAGGGAUGAAAGUAUACAACUCCACCUUGACCUGGCAGCAGUAUGGUUUCCUGUGUGGGCCAAAUGCUUGGAAGGAUGCCAACAUGGCACGCACUCAGAUUCUGUGCAGCCAUCUGGAGGGUCACAGAGUUACCUGGACUGGGAGGUUUAAGUAUGUGCGAGUUACAGAGAUCGAGAACAGUGCUGAAUCCACCAUCAACCUGCUGCCCCUUAUCGUCGGAGAUUGGAUGAGGUGCCUGUACGGUGAAAUCUAUCCAGCAUGUGACCCCCAGAAUGUUACUAUAGAGGAGGAUGAGCUGUGCCAACUCAAGUUCCUUACAAAACACGAGUGCCAUCUGAAAAGGUUUGAUCGCUACAAAUUUGAAAUCACUGUGGGCAUGCCCUAUAAAAAUAAGACUAUAGAGGAGGAUGACGCCACCAAAGACAUAGUCCUGAAGGCCAGCAAUGAGUUUAAGAGAGUGCUGCUGACUCUGGGACACAGAAGCCUUGUGGAGUUCAGCACUGUCCUCGAGGGUCGGCUUGGCAGCAAAUGGCCAGUGUUCGAACUCAAAGCCAUCCGCUGCUUGAACUGCAUGUCCACACUAGUUCCAGUUGGCAGGCAGUUCAAAAUAGAGUACAACUGGAGGAGCACAGUGAAGACUGCAUUAAAAUUUGCGUUUGAUUUCUUCUUUGAUCCUUUCUUAUCUGCAAAAGCAUAGUGUUAUGAUAUGGUAUGCAGAUUUAAGGUACUAGAGUGAGCUAUUUCAGCACCUAUAUAUUUCAAACUACUGUAUAUGUAAGCAAUGUAUUAUUCCUCAACUUUGCAUGGAGUUCAGUCUUACGUUAGCUGUGCCUUGUGUGGGACAUCGGAUUAUUAAAGCAGUUCUUAGUUGCUGUAAUUGGAAUCGAACUGUUAAGAUAAAUUCGGAGAAGAAUAGGAGAGCACAUUCUUUAGUGUGCGUGGUGUUUUGUAUGGUUUUUUUUUUUUUUUUUUUUUUUUUUAAAUACCCACAGUAUUAAUAACAUUUUGUUAUAGCUUUGAGACACUUCGAGACAAUCUUUACUGUAACUAGUACUGCUUUUGGUUUACCAUGCAAUACUACAGAGGGUUGGAGUUUUUUUUGGUGAAAGGUAAAGCGACAGAACUUUACUUCCUGUUGUGACUGAUGUAAAAUAUUCUGAAACUGUAGAACAUAAUUUGUGUGCUUUAUGCAAAUGUUAUAGAAAUAAAGAUUCUAUUGGGCUAACUGUUACUAUCUACAGUAAUAUAGUAAUACAUUUUUUUGUGUGUGUGUGAGGAUGUCAAGACAUAAAGCUUUACACUAAAAAUAGUUUCAUUUUCAGGGGGUUCCCGAGUAGCGCAUCCAGUAAAGGUCGCUCUGCUUGAGUGCAGGAUGCGCCCUAUAGCCUGGACAUCGCCGGUUCAAGUCUG